AUGAUAUUAGAUGAUAAAUUAAAUGCUAAAGACAAGCAAAGAAAUGAUUUUCGUCCAAUGACAAGUUCAAAAAAGGCAUCAAAACACCAAUCAGCACCUCCCACACCCACACCACUAAUCCAUUCAUUAGAGAAUGAUUCAUCCAAAAGUCACAUCGAGGAACACAAUUGUAAUCAUCAAAGACCAGCCUCAAUGCCUGUUACUUAUUCUCCUGUAACACAAAUUUCACAAGAAGUUCCUAGAAGACUUACAACUAAAUCAGUUCCUUCUUUAGUAUUAAUUAGAGAUAUAGUAAUAACUCCUGCACCUUCAACACCUACAUUAAAAAAACUUCAAUUCUCUUCAACAAUUCUUGAACAUGAAACAUGGACACGUGAAGAUUAUGACCGCCGAGGGGAUCAAACCACGUGUAAUAGUCUUACACCUUCAUUAGCUCAAAAAAUCAAACAAGAAUUAAACCAAUUUAAGAUGGUAGAAAUGCAAGUACAUGAAGAAAGUAAAAAGAAUACACAUUUCUUUGCUUAA